AUCAAUCUGAAUCACGCAACUAACCCCAUCUACGGUCAAAGCGUGAAAAUGACUCAUUGAUUUUUUGUUGCAGAAAUGAAUGUCGGUAACAUGGACGCGGAAAACCGCGUCGUUCUAAACGUCGGCGGCAUCCGCCACGAGACGUAUAAAGCCACGUUGAAGAAGAUUCCCGCCACCAGACUCUCCAGGCUGACGGAGGCUCUCGCUAAUUAUGAUCCUAUAUUAAACGAGUAUUUCUUCGAUAGGCAUCCCGGAGUUUUUGCACAAGUUUUAAAUUAUUAUAGAACGGGUAAGCUGCAUUAUCCGUCUGAUGUUUGUGGACCACUUUUUGAAGAAGAAUUAGAAUUUUGGGGCCUCGACGCGAAUCAAGUGGAACCCUGUUGCUGG